GCGAGCCGCCAGCGUGCUCUGUAUAUCGAUCGUGAUGAGCGAGCAUGACGACGAGACCACACGCCGCCAGCGUCGCCGCACCAUGCCGGCGGUGGGGCCUGCCUUCCCGCUCCACGGCGACGACGUCCUCGGGGAGAUCUUCCUCCGCCUCGGCCCUCUCAAACCCUCGCUCCUGCGCGCGUCUCACGUGUGCAAGCAGUGGCGAAGCGUCGUCUCCGACCCCGGUUUCCUCCGCCGGUUCCGCGCACGCCACCGGAAACCUUCGCUCCUCGGCGUCUUCACGCAGCAGCACGGAAAAGCCCUCUUCCGCUCGGUUCUCGACCCUCCUGUUAUUCCUUCAGAGCGCUUCUCCUUGCGAGGCUACGGCUCGUGGGAUCUGCUUGGGUGCCGCCAUGGACGCGUCCUCGUCAUGAACCACACUGAGGGCAAGGCCAUUGUGUACGACCCCGUUACUGGCGACCAGCACCGGAUAGCAGUUCCUCGGGAGUUCCGUCAGCAGCACUGCUAGGCGGACGACUAAUUUAAACGACCAGUGCACGACGAUGAAUCCCAGCCACCGAAACUCGUCCACAGCCCACACUCUGUUCGCUGGAUUUAUUGUCGUUCAUGGAUCGGCCACAUGAUGUCGUGUGUGGAGCAAUUCCGUUCCGUCAGAAUGCAGUGGUUGCUAAUAUCAAUGGCGCGGUGCUUUGCACGGGCACGGCCGACAACAAGGGCCACAUACAUGGUGCGUGCCGCUCAAGCCCCUUUAAAAUCGUUUUGGUACGCGCCUAUACGGCCUACUCGGCCAAGAGGAAUCUUACUUAUCGUAUGGCCCACGCAUGUGUUUACUCGUCAAAGACUCGAACCUGGGGCAAAAACGUCUCAGCGGUGCUACCAUGUGACAGUUACAUUUCUGGUCACCAUAGCGUCUUUGCUGGUAAUGCACUUUACUGGUAUCUUCCUGGCAAUAUACUAAAGUUUGAUAUGGGCAUGGAGAGCCUACAUGUGAUUAAGAAACUUCCUGUUGCAAACGAUUGCUACGAUACAAGCCAUAUUAUCCGCUCAAAAGAUGGCGGUGUUGGCAUUGCUUUAUUGUCAUACCCUACCUUUCAAGUGUGGGACAUGAAGAAUUUCAAGAAAAAAAAUAGAUGUCAUGGUGGAACUAGAUGGCUGCCGCAGAAGUCUAUUAGUCUCGAGCUAGGAUAUGGGAGUGGUAUUAUAAGGACGAAACAAGCUAUAUUGGGGUUUGACGAGGACGAGAAUGCAAUCUUCUUUCGAGUGGGCAGCAAUAUCUUCAUCGUCCAUCUUGUAUCAAUGAAGUCCAAGAAACUUUGGAGAAGCUAUACUACAUGCAAAUAUCAUCCUUACACGUGUUACUAUACCGCAGCCCUCGAAACUUCUGCUGAUAAUGCAAGUGCGACACACGGUGGAGACCAAAAAAAUACUGCUCAAGGAGGAAGCGUGCAGAUUUAGGCAACGUUCAGCUCCUCUCCGCUCCCUCCACUCCGCUCCGAAGCGGACCAGGAUCUAGCUCAUUUUCACGGAGAGGCUAAAAUUAAGCUCCACAACUCCGCGGAGUUAGAGCGGAGAGGAGGGAUUCCGAACAAGGCCUUAAUAAAGCGGGUGGCACUGCCUGUGUGUAUAUACAUUGAACUUGAGUAUUUCAUUAAGACAAACAGAUAAGCCAUCUAUUUAUAAAAGAAAGGUUGAUUACUCUA